CCACCCUGCCACCGGAGAGUACCCUCCUGUACCACCUUGCCACCGGAGGGUACACUCCUGUGCCACCCUGCCACUGGAGAGUACCCUCCUGUGCCACCUUGCCACUGGAGAGUACCCACCUGUACCACCUUGCCACUGGAGGAUACCGUACUGUACCAACCUGCCACCGGAGGAUACCCUCCUAUACCACCUUGCCACUGGAGGAUACCCUCCUGUACCACCUUGCCACCGGAGAGUACCCUCCUGUACCACCCUGCCAACCGGAGAGUACCCUCCUGUACCACCUUGCCACAUUGC